CAGUGACUUCCUGAAGGCAACACACACACACAGGCUGCAAGGGGCCCACUCCGCCUGUGGCCUGUCACCUGUCUGCAGCCAUGGACAGCCAGUCGGACUUCCGGAGCCUCCAGGCCAAGUUCCAGGCCUCUCUGCCAGAACCCAGCAACCUCCCCAAAAAGCCCCCAAAGCCAGAGGCCAACAGGCUUCUGAAGAAGUUACCGCAGCACGAGCCGAGUGCACAGCCCAAGCAGCCACCACAGCCCCAGCCUGCCAGUCUCCCCAAGAAGCUGCCCCAGCCUGAGUUUGCCAGUUUCUCACCAAAACCAUCCAAAUCCGAGUUCAGUGAUCUCUCCAAGAAGCAUCCUCAGCCUGAGGCCACUCUGUUUCCCAGGAAACCCCUGAAGCCUGAGGCCACCCAAGCGUCUCAGUCUGCCUCACAGCGGGACCUCCAGCCUCCGUCAGAGCCCAAACCCAGUGCAUUCCCCAAGAAGCCCCCACAGCCCGAGUUCAGUGCAUACCCCAGGAAGCCCCCACAGCUUCAGGUCAGCAGUCUCCCUGGGAAGUCCCCCCCACAGCCUGAGUGCAGUGAAGUCUCCCAAGUGUCCCCCUCAAAGGUGGGGCCCAGCUACCCCCAUCCUUGCUCCCCAAAGCCUGAGUUCAGUGUGUACCCCAGGAAGCCCCUCAAGCCACAGGCCAGGACCUCCAAGAAGUCCCUCCCACAGCCUGAAUUAAGCGAGGUCCCUACCAAGCCGGAGCCCGAGCCGUGGGCACCCCACACCCUGAAGCCAGGCUCUGGUGCAUUUCCCAAGAAGGCUGUGAAGCCUGAGUUUGGUGGCCUCACUAGGACAUCCUCAGAGCCAGAGGUCAGCGUGCUUCCCAAGAGGCCUCGGCAGCCCGAGUUCAAGCCCCUUUGCAAAAAGCCGCCACCGCCUGAGCCGGUGGUCCUCCCCAGAACAUGCUCAGAGCCCGAGUUCAGUUCCCUGCCCAGGAAGUUCUCGCAGCCUGAGAACAGGAGGCCACCCCACAAGAUGGCCCAGCCGGAGGCCCAGCCUCUGCCCAAGAAGCACCCACAUUCUAAGCUUUUCCAGGGUCUCCCUAUCAAGAACCCACUUCCAGGCUCAGUGUCUGAGAGUUCACUGCCUACUGCCCUGGUGGGCACCAGUGAGCUUGGAGUCGCUGCUGGGCCACCCCAUUGGAAGUCCGAGGAAUUCAAAGGCUACCAACCACCCCCUCGGAAGCCUCUGCCCCCAACCAGCAGCCUGGGGCCCCCUCCAGCCAAGCCCCCGCUUCCCCCAGGUCCCCUGGAUGUGCAGAGCUUUCGAAGAGGCUGGGCAGCAGCCACAGGAAUGCGGAGGGCCCACUCUUCUGCAGGGACGCACUUCCAAGCCCUUCGGGCUGGGCAGUUACAGAACCCAGAUGAGAUCUACGAGAUGUAUGACCAAGUGGAACCAGACUCCAGCCCUGGCCCCAGGGGCAAAGAAGUGCCACCUACCCAGCAAGCCACCAGCAAACUACCAGCAGAUUCAGACCUCAGGGGGAUCAGGAAGACGGCCCCUCUGCCACAGCAGGUGCCUUCCAUGGACCCAAAGGUGCUGAAGCAGCUGAGGAAGGCGGAGAAGGCAGAAAGGGAGUUCCGGAAGAAGUUCAAGUUUGAGGGUGAGAUCGUGAUUCACACGAGGAUGAUGAUUGACCCGAAUGCUAAGACCCGCAGAGGUGGGGGCAAGCACCUGGGCAUCCGGCGCGGGGAGAUCCUGGAGGUCAUCGAGUACACCAGCAAGGACGAGAUGCUGUGCCGGGACCCCAAGGGCAAGUAUGGCUAUGUGCCCAGGACGGCGCUGCUGCCCCUGGAAACCGAGGUGUAUGACGAUGUGGGCUUCUGCGAUCCUCUGGAGAACCAAGCAUUUCCUAGGGAGCAGUGAGGAACAGACCUGGGUCCAGCCAGCUGCGCCCCACGACCCAGCCCAGCCUGGCAGAGGGCCACACACCACACGUGAGCCACAGAAACCUCUUGAAAGCAAGCCUCAACGUCUACCUCCCCUUCUGACUAGCACAGCCAGGGCUGUUUCUGUGGGCCCCACUCCACGCAGUUCCAAGGUUGCACCCUAUAGUUAGAAAACCCAGCAUGGGAGGGGCUGGGUAGCUGGGUCACUUCGCACUUGGCUGCCCCUGCCCCCAGGAUGGGUGAUGCCAGGGCCCCUUGGAAGUGUCGCCUUCUGUCCUCCGAAUGGCUCUGGGUCAGUCCUUCUGUGCCAGUGGAGCACAGACUGUCACACAGAGAUCAGUUCAGCCUCCACACCUGCUGGGCCUAAGAGGCUCAGAGCUGGUGCACUGCUGGGAAGCAGCCUAGAGAGGAGCCCAACAGUGUCUGUCCCCAGUCCCAGAGAGACCGGAGCGGGUCUGCACCACUCAACACAGCAGCACUCUGCUCAGUGCCGCCGCGUGUCCCUGAGGUGGCAGGCCCUUGUCUUUGGUCCCAGGGCCCACAGAUAAGCCACAACAGAGGAAAAGAUCCCUGGAGAGAGGAAGCUCGAGUGGCUCUGGCUUCCAAGUCCUCAGAUGGCCA